AAGCGGCGACGACCGACGGCGAGGUGCGGCCGGCGUGACGCGUCUUGCUUCUCUUGACGGCGGCGAGUGUCGUGCGCAAGGAAGGAAGGAGCUCUCGGCGACCUGGUACCUCGUGACCUUUUGGCGGACGGCGGCAACCCGCGGCCGGCGCCAGGUCCUCUUGUCUCCGGCAUCAGGCGACCGCGUGCCCGCGGGAGUGGCGGCGGCACACCAAUCCAGCACUCAAGAAAUUCUCCUCUUGAAGCUCGCUGCCCGACCUGAGCACCCUUCGGUGAGAUGGAUAUUCUAUAUCAGUGCAAAGAGAUCUUAAAGAUUCAGAAGUUUAGGCGCCUGGCGUCCUAUGCUGGAUUCUAUUCCUUCACUACCCUCGUUACCUAUGCUUACACAAGCAAUACGACAAGGGCUGGCAUUUCGAGGGCUGAUCAGUAUUACGCCUCCUACCCUUCUGGAACUGAGCUACUAACUGACACUGCAAAGCUUUACAAGGCUGCAUUAGGUAAUUGUUUUGAAAUAGACGACUGGGGUCCAAUAGAGUUCUCCAUCAUGGCAAAGCACUUUGACCGGCAAGGCAAACCACCAUAUGCUUACCAUGCUCAAUACAUGUCGCACCUUCUAUCCCAUGGCCAACUCGAUGGAAGUGGUUAACUGCUGGAUGUGUGUCACUUGACUCUCGUGAGGCCUUGCUACAGUUUGCCAGUUACAAGUACUGUAUCGGGUGUCGUAAAAAAAGAGAUUUCUUGUUUGAAAUCCCGAAUUUUGCUGCCCCAUGACGAUUUGAAAUAAAAACAGAAGCUGAGUAUUAGGCCAGGAUGCCAUGAAACACUACAGUGUCAGCUUAUUUGUCAUGGUAUAAUUUGUGCUGAUUUUUUCAAAGAAUCAUGAUGGUAUCUUGUUGAAGCAUGGAUGGAUGUAGUCAUUAUUUGUUGCCAAAUGUUACUCUUUUAUCGGCAGUGUUCCUGAACUCCAGCAAAGAUCAGGGACCUCCACCCUACGCCUAGAGUUGCUACCCUGGAUCUCUGGCAGGCGAGCUAGCAACUGUAGGUGUGUGAAUGACAGCUGAUUGGCUCCUGGACUUCAGUUGAUCAUCUUGAGGUUUUCAGUACAAGUUCAGAGGUGUCUCAAGGUUCGUGGUAUGCGGAA